UUUGUUGAUGUUCUCAAUGUAUAGCAAGGAUUUUUGGUUUUACACUUUUCAUUUUUAUUUGUCCAACAAAGCUUGGCAACCUUGUCUUCAGUGUUACAAUAACGCUCUUUACAUGCAAUACAGUCAAUUUUCUCGUCACUUAAACACUUUCCACAUCCUUGUGUUACUAAUAAAAAAUAAUAAUGGUACUCUGCGUUUAUAUACCCCCACGUCCGCAAAUGUUUGUCCGCACUUUUUUCCUUUUCCUUCUCCUUCUUUCUCCUCUCACAAGGAUGAUAAAUGGUCAAGCAUCAAUAAACCCCCAUUUUCUUUGUCUUCUCCUUCUUUACUCCUUUCAUUUUGA